AGAACUAAUGUAGAAUUACAAUUUCCGUUGCCUGGAAUGUGUGUGCAUCCUUUCACAAAUGAAGUCACUUUAAGUGAAACAUUUAUUGGAGUUUUUAAUGGAUUUGGUGUGACAAUUAAAAAUGUAAAUGCUGUAGACAAUUUAUAUAACAAUGGAUUUUUUGGCAAGGGUUCAUUAUCUCGUUCACUGCCUCUAGAAAUAAAUAAAAACAAGAAUGUUCCUAAAAUUUUGAAACAGCGACAAUACAUUAGUCGUGAGACAUUAUUAAGCAAUACAAAUAUUAGUUUUGGUGAUAGAAAUUUGGAUAAGUUUAUAGUUUUACCAGACAGUGAUAAUGAAGAUAUUGAAACUGAUAUUGAAGUUCUGAAAUCUACUUAUUCUGAUUUACCUAGUUAUAUCAAACAAACUGAAUCAUAUAGAGAAUCCUAUUUUUUAUCAUUGGAAGAAGCAUUUUUUUUAACAUUUGGAGUAGGUUGUUUGAAAAUACAAAACGAAUUAGGUGAAUUGCUAACAACAGAACAAAUUUGGAAAUUAUUCCUGAAUACACAACCUGAUUUUGUUCACAAAUAUAUAGUAUAUCAUUAUUUUCGAUCCAAAGAAUGGGUAGUGAAGUCUGGAUUAAAAUAUGGAAGUGAUUUUCUUUUGUACAAAGAUGGUCCAAUAUUUUAUCAUGCUAGUUAUGCAGUUAAAAUACAAGUUAUUCAAUCUCAUGAUGUAGAAAAUAAAUAUGGUAAAGAAUUAAAUAAAUAUCAAAUAAAUGCAAUCACAAGAUUAGCAAAUGCGUCAGGAAAGGAAGUACUGUUGGCACAAGUAUUUUUUCCUGAAGAUUUUGACAAUGAUUUAGACAAAAUAUGUGAUGUUAAAGUCAAUGAAGUGCAUUUAAAGAAAAUAUUUUUGAAAGAUAUUUUGUGAAAGGAAUCAACAAAUAGUCUUAUUUUUAGUCAAAUAUGUAUAAAUGUGUACGAACAUACAAAGAAAAAAUUGGCUUAU